AUGGCAACUUACUAUGGCAUGGUGACGACCAAGGAAGAUGCCAUCACAAUCAUCAAUGCCUGCAUCGUCGGGUGCCUCCCUAUCUUUCAGCGCCAGCUAAAUAAUAAAGAGUACCAAUUUAUUCAGCCAGGAACAGUUUUCGUAUGGGAUCGAAACGAAUCGGCUAUACAGACAUCAACCGACGGAAGGCGAUGGAACAGCUACCGAAAGUCGGGACCCUUCGAGUGGUUUUUUGAAAAGCCAUACAAGGCAGUCGGUUUAAUCAAGACGGUAUUCAGUACCGAUAUGAGCGGCCGUUGCUUCCGCCUCGUCUGCUACUCAAAGGCGGAUCCUAAGAUUCCGAAGCAUCAACAACCAAGCCAAGACAAUGACCUUAAGCAACGCAUCGCAGCAAGGACCAGCCACCUGAACAACUACACUACGUAUGUAACGAAGGAAGAACCGAAAGUGCACCAGACUCUGUGCAUGCCGCAAAAGUACCUCCCAGAAAUCAAGCCUCUGCAGACCGGCCCUUCGCGAUGCGUUCAGUUUCCAUCAUCGGUGGCCACCCCUCAAGAACAAGCAGCUUCACUUUGCUCUGGUUCAAGCUCGAUCAGGAAGUGCGAAGUCGGAAGUGAACGCUGUUCUGUCCCUGUCUCUACCUGGACCACUCUGCUUCCAGCCGAUCCCUCCUUCGGCCUUUCAUCUCAAGUCCCUUGCAUCACUCAGGGAAUAUCAAGCAAACCAGAGGUGGUGAGAACAGAUUGGUCGCAGAACCUGGGCUCGGCGAACCACUUGGCGUCUCCACAGAACCAGGUAGACGACACUGAAGAGUCAGUGAAACACAAAGAUGUCGACGUGGUCCCCUCCACAGACCUCUUACACGAUAGGCUCCUUGAAGUGGAGAAUCGCCUCUCUGAAGGCAUCAACACCUUGGGCAAUGGAGAGUACGGCCAUUUGGGGCAGGCAACUCUGGAAGAGUAUGUUUCGUGGCUCCGAUGCCUAAACAUCAUUCAUUUAUGCUACUGCGACGAACCUAGCUCCCCGCUUGGGCUAGGGUCAAGAUAUACCUUUGCUCGCGAUACAACGAGCGGCGUCGACCUUCUCAAGCACGCCUUCGACCCGAUAAUACUGAAAGCCAUGCAAUAUGUACGGUCGGUGGCUUUGAACACGCAGACCGACUCACGUCUCACAUCAAAGGGGCCCGUCAUGUCAAAGGAGCAGGAAGAGAUCCGCGCAUCCUUUGAAGGGUGGUAUGACGCCUUCUUAAAUUCCGACCGGCUUUUACCUGGAAGCUGGGGCAUGAUCCGCGCGGAGGCGGAUAUGAAGUACCUGGUGGCAAUUAUCUGUAUCAGGGCCUGCCACUUCCACGAUGAGUCUGUGUACGACUGUUUCAGAGUCAGUUUCCAACGAAUAGUAGAGCUCGUGGGGCUGAUUGUAAAGGGGCUCUCCGCUGUCCCUUCAGAGCCAACAAACUACAAGUUGGACCCAAUGACGCACUGUUUGCCGUUCCUUGAGUUCGUCAUCCUCAAGUGUCGUUGCCUUGACAUACGAUACCAGGCCUGGCAGCUCGUCAAGAAGCUUGCUACAGACGAGAGCGAACCGGUGGUCUGGGGCAAUCUUCUUCUCGUUGGGGAACGAAUAAUAUUGAAAGAACACAAUAUCAAAAUCGGGGAGCCAAACGGUUUCCAGGUCGUGGAGCCAAACAACACCAAGAUCGUAGAGACAAGCUGUUACUAUUUCGGCCAGUUUCCACUUCCAACCGAAGCGAUACGCAUCAAGGACUACACAACUGAUCGGGACUUCUCGGGUUUGGGCACCGUUCAGAGAAUCAACACGCAUACGUCAACUAAAGCCCAUUAUCUCGCUCGAUUGCUGCUCCGGUGUGGCAGCGGUGAGCUCAGCGAUCUCGCAAAGUGGUUGGAAGGCAAAAGCUCGUCUCCAUAA